AUGAACGGUGCUGCACCGUCACUCUCCGUGCCUCCCGCUCUAGAGCAUAGUGUGGAGACACAAGCCCCAGCACUCACGCGCAACGAUACCCUCUACCAUGCUACAACAGAAGACGCAGUAUGGGACGAGCUUAAGAGAGUUUGCGCGGAAGGCAGAGUCGUCGACUACACAGAUCGUCUCAUCGUUGAGCAAGUCCACGCCGCAGUCGAGCCAUUGCAGCGAAUCGGAGCAUUUCCUGGCCGGGACGUUAUCGACAUCACGACCGACGACAUCUCGUCAUAUCCAGAAGGCAUUCUACGCUUCUUGAAAUCAGCCGCACACCAUCAGAACCAUUCUUUCGGUUAUGCUGACCAUAAGGUCAGCUACUCCUUGGGCACCUACCGUCGCACCACUCCUCACGCGACUACCGUCGAGCACAUAACACUCAUCCACUCCGAUGCCAGUACUCCAAUGGUGGCCUCUGCAGCUGAUCUGGGCAUCAUGGGCAUAGGAAUCUCACUCGAUACCGACGCUACCACAAGCAGAGCUGGAUUGUCCUCCACUAUGUCGCCUAUGCCGUCGACCAGCGACGCGCCGGUUUUGCAACAGCCAUCGAUCCAAAUGUCACACUCAUCCACUUUGACAGCUCCGCUGCACACUUGA